AUGACUCAAUUUGAAUUCUUAGCAAAUGAAUUAUUAGUCAAUAUAUUCGAAUAUUUCGAUACAAUUCAAUUAUUCAAAAUAUUCUCUGGUCUUAAUUCUCGUAUUAAUUCAUUACUUUAUGAACAUUUCUCGAAUUAUCAUGUUGAUUUAAGAUUUAUUUCUAAACUGGAUUUUUCGAUAUUCUCUUACGAACAUCUGCAUCAAAUUUACAGUCGGGUGAUUUCAUUUCGAAUGGGUGAUCAAUGCGAAACACCACAUCUUCCAUUUUUCUUCAUUUCUCUUGACUAUUCAUUACAGAAAUUCACUCAUUUACAAUUUCUUUCACUACACGACAUCCAAUCACCCAUUGCAAUUCAUUUGCUCCAGAAUCUUUCGCAACUAAAUGAACUUCUUUCUCUUACAAUUACAAACUGUGAUAUUUCAAUCGAUGAACAAAACGAAAUCCAUUUCUUCAAUCAAGUUUGGCAAUUACCAAAAUUAAACCGUCUUCAUCUGAAUACCGGUUGUUUAAAGUACGCAACUCCGUUUCAAUUACAUUGCAUUUCAUCGACGCUCAAACACAUUUCCAUCGAAUCAUCUCAUUCCAUUCGAUACUCUAUCUUUGUCGAUAUUCUUCGCCAUUCACCAAGUCUUCAAUCGAUUUCCAUGUCAAUUGAAUCGACAAACAACGAAUAUGAAAUUUUCACCAAUGAUUUACCGAUGAUAAUUUCGUUGAAACUAACGUUUCUUGGUCACGUUCGUGUUUUGAAAAAUCUUCUCCAACACACACCGAAUCUUCGACGAUUAAAAAUUCGACUCAUAAACACCUAUCUCACCGGAUAUGAAUGGAAAGAGAUCGUCGUUAAUUAUUUAUUACAUAUCAAGAUCUUCAAUUUUCAAAUGUUCAUGUCUUAUUUACGAAAUCGAAACUCGGCAAUUCUACUCGACGAACUUAUCAACACAUUUCGAACGUCAUUUUGGCUUGACGAACAUCAAUGGUACAUUUGUAUCGAUAAAUAUCCAAAUGAUUUCGUCAUACUUUACACGUUGCCAAACUAUUUUCCUGAAUUUACUUCGAUGAUUGUUCUGCAACAAAAAACCACCUGUCCGGAAUUUAAAAAGAACUGGUUAUUCGACCGUGUCAAACGUUUAUAUUGCAGUUCUCAUAACGAUAAACAUCCAUAUGAAAUCUCGACAUUUUUUAACAAAUUCGAAGAUUUAAAUAUCGAUUUACCUUUAUCAACUCGAACGUGGAACAGUGUAUUAACAUUCAAGCAUUUAAUUUCCUUGACUAUACAUAAUAGUGACGGAAAAUGUGGAUCAAUCGAUCUUCAAUUGAUACUUAACCAUGCUCCACGAUUGUAUGCUUUGACUGUACACGAAUCAUCGAGAUUGAACUAUAAAAUUGUAUUGAAAUUAACAAGUUCAACGAUUCGUCGGCUGAAAUUUUUUAGUGAAUAUUUAAAUCGAGAUUAUCUUAGUAAAGAAGAUUGUUUAGCAUUGAGUCAAUCAUCACUUGCACAUCAAUGUGAAGUUCUUACUCUGGCUAUUGAAGAUUUCCAUUGUGUCUAUUGUUUGGUCAACGCAAUGAGCAAUCUUCGUGUAUUAAACAUGAAAAUUAGCUGCAAAGAAGCAAAUUUAGAUGAUCAGUUGAAAUAUUUUAGUAGAAAAUAUCCCAAUCUAUGGAUUUAUUUAGAUGAUAGAUAA